GAAGCCGGCAGAGCAAAACAAAGUUUGCCACGUUGAGUUAGAAGAAAAAUUAAAAUAUUAUCAAAAUGCCUGAAAGUUUAGUGUCCGUUUUAGGAAAAUUAUACGACGAAUAUGUUCAUUCAACACCUAAAAAGUUAAAAAUUAUUGAUGCAUACCUGGUUUAUGUACUUUUGACAGGCAUUAUUCAGUUUGUGUACUGUGCACUGGUUGGAACCUUUCCAUUCAACUCCUUCUUAUCUGGUUUUAUUUCAACAGUAGGAACCUUUGUAUUAGGAGUUUGUCUAAGAUUACAAGUAAAUCCAUUGAAUAAAUCAGAUUUCUCUGGUAUCAGUCCUGAAAGAGCUUUUGCUGACUUUGUUUUUGCCCAUGUUAUUCUUCAUUUAGUUGUUGUUAACUUUAUUGGUUAAAUUAUUUUGGUAAGAGUGUUUUGUCUUGUAAUUUUUAAGGAUGUCCAGUAAGACAAUAAAGCUACAUUGAUGAAAGUAAUGGCCACACUCAUGAAGGACUGAAAGAGAGACUGAAGUGGAAAAAGUGUCAAGGGACAAUAAACCAAGGCACUUUGUGCUGACUCCAUGAAAGAGAUAGAUAAAUACUGCUGUCCUGGCAAAUUUUGUGCUCAUUGAAAGAAAAUAGCCAGAAACAUUACACACAAUUUUCAAAGAGCAGUCUGUUCCUUUGACUGACUGUUUAUGUCAUAAUGGCUUAAAUAAUCAGUGAAAAAUAUCCAAAAUUACUUCUUUUCUUUACAAAUAUCUGACAAUAUUGUUUGUAUUUUUCAGAUAUUCUUAAAAAUUUUCAUCAAAGAACUAUACUGUGAAUUAUGGAUUUCAUCUGAGCGAAAGAGGGUUGUCAACUUCAAAUUCCAAUCAUGUACAUGUAUUUAGAAUAAAUUUGUUAUGUAUUUC